UCUUUCUCUCUCUCUCUCCCCUCCAUGUUUUAAGAGUAGCACUCGCACACACAAACUCUUCUCAAAUAGCUAGAGGAGUCAAGAAAGGUUUGUGCAUGCUGGUGGGUUAUUUCCAUGACCCAUUUGCAGAAAACCUAAUAGUACAUCAUUCCAUUCUUCAUCUCUUGCCUUUCCUUUCUUGGUUAUGUGUGGUUUGCCUAUUAACCUAACAUAUAUAGUGUGAUCAUUACCAUAUAUACAUAUAUAUAUAUAUAUAUAUAUAUUAUCAAUGACACAUUCUCAGUUAAUUAUACAUUAAGCAUGCAAAUGUAUAUGCCUUAACAUCAUCGAUCUUCCUCCUGAUUCUCCCUAACUCCCACCUAUUUUUUCUCUCUCUCUUGAGGUUAAAUAUUACAUUUUCUGUGAAAUGGAGGUUCUGGACAAAACCAGAUCAAUUUUGACAAUAGGAGGCAGGCUUAUUAAUGAAGUCCUGAGCUUCAUUGUGUUCUCUAUUCUAGACCUUCUUGAUAUCCUUCUAUGCUAUGUUUACAAGGCUUUCGAUUUCUUCAUUGAAGCCGAAUGGAAGCCUUGUUAUUGCUCUUCCGCGAAAGAGGCCAUCACUAGCAGUGGACAAAUCUUGGUCUCCGAACGAGGCGAGUCCAAGAUUGUUUGCCUCAGUUCUAGCAAAUUGCAGCUUGAGGAGAUCUCAGACACACUCUACACCCGUCCAUCUUUGGUGUCUGAUGUCUCCAAAUCUACCGUUAGCGAGCUCAGGAGGCUGAAGAUGGAGAAGACCAUGAUACAUUCUUGCGAGAAGGUCAAGAAAGGGUCUGUCCGAUCCACAUUCACCAUCAACUCUACCAUCGUGGAAAUCUUACAGGGGAAGAUGGGAGGGCAGCAAUCUCAACCCAUUCCGAGAUGGUCUGAUUGUGAUUGCAAAACUUGCACUUCUUGGACCUCCUCUUGCAAAGAAACACUCUUUGUCCGAGCUGAGGGACCAAAAGAUAAUGUGCAAGAAGAUGUGCUGUUCAUUCAUGGUUUUAUUUCAUCUUCCGCAUUUUGGACGGAGACAUUGUUUCCGAACUUCUCUCGGUCAGCUAAAUCCAUGUACAGGCUAUUUGCGAUCGAUCUGCUCGGUUUUGGGAAGAGUCCCAAGCCAACUGACUCCCUUUACACCCUGAGAGAGCAUUUGGACAUGAUUGAAAGGUCUGUGAUUGAGCCACACAAACUGAAAUCUUUCCAUAUAGUGGCACACUCUUUGGGGUGCAUUUUGGCUCUUGCACUUGCCGUAACGCAUCCGGGGUCUGUUAAGUCAUUAACUCUUAUUGCACCACCAUAUUUUCCAGCACCAAAGGGUGAACAAGCCACACAAUAUGUGAUGAGAAGGGUAGCACCGAGGCGCGUGUGGCCAGUGAUUGCUUUUGGCGCGUCGAUUGCUUGCUGGUAUGAGCACAUCAGUCGGACAAUUUGCUUGUGUAUCUGCAAGAACCACCGGUUGUGGGAGUUUCUCACCAAACUUAUCACCAGAAACAGGAUAAGGACAUAUUUGAUUGAAGGGUUCUGUUGUCACACACACAACGCAGCAUGGCAUACCCUACACAACAUUAUUUGUGGGACUGCUGGUAAAAUUGACGCAUACUUGGACGCACUUAAGGACACCCUAAAGUGCGAUGUCAAUAUAUUCCAUGGCAGAGAUGAUGAACUCAUCCCAGUUGAAUGCAGCUACAAUGUACAGUCUAGGGUACCUCGUGCCCGGGUUAAGGUGGUCGAAAAGAAAGAUCAUAUCACGAUUGUCGUCGGAAGACAGAAGGCUUUCGCUAGGGAACUUGAGCAAAUUUGGAGGAAUUCAAGGGGCUAAAGGGCUUAUGUUGGCGCUAAGAAGAGAAUAUUUGAAGUACCAAGUCACCAUAAAUUUCUAUCUAGCCAAAAACAUGGAUAUAGAUAGUCUGAAGUUCGCAAGUUUUUUUUCUUUUUUCUUUUUGGCUUCGCUUUUCUUCUCUUCAUGAAGUGUGAAGUUUUUAGUUAGAUCCUGUGAAAUAUUACCCAUUAUUGUUGGGGUGUGAAUGCUUCAUAUUGUUACUUAAUUUAAUAACCAACCCAGAAAAAAAAUAAAAAAAAAAUUCCCUAAGAUAUCCACUUUAUUUAGUUAA